GCUUCUUAGGCCCGGCCUACCUUAACCUCACCACGUGAUGCAAAAAAACACACAAUUAAUCAACACUGUCAAAGCUGCGUAUCUUUUACGCAUAUAACAAUAUUCUUGGAGAAAUGUAUCCUAAAUACUCUAACACGUCACACAGAAUAUGGAUUGAAAUAUUAUCAUUUUUAAAAAAAGCUUGAAGGCCGUUGCACAUAAAAACACCCAACGAUUUAAGGAGCUGAUUUUUAUUUUUAUUUUUUAAAGCACAUCGACAUUCUAAAUCCCCGUAAAUGUACAUGCUGCAUUUGUCGACGUGGGAAAACUAGCAAACUAUGAUUUUUUUUGAAGAAACGUUAAGUCUCGACUAUAGCCCAUUAACAUUGAUUUACUAGUAAUAUUUAAUAUUUAAUGAUCGUUAGGGUUGGAAAAUCCAACAUACAUUCCCAUAUGCAGACAGUUCAUUCGCAUUACUUUUUUUUAAUAGAAAUGUCACCGUUUAUAACAAAAAAGCUUGAUUUGAAUUCCAGGGUUAGCUUGAUAGAUAAUGAGACAUCCAUUUUACACUUAUGUUACUUCAGAAACGCACCCGGAGAGUGAACUAGCCCGUCUUUGCAAUUUUGUGGUGGAAGCAUUACAUUUUCCUGCAUAUCAUGAACGCAACAUCAUUUCACUACAUUGCAUCGGUGUACGCCUCCUGCUCCCACGCUGAGUAAAAUAGUGGAUGGAGGUCUGUGUGGGUAUAAUCUCGACCAAAGGAGUGUAAAUUGCCAUCAUGGUCAACCAGGUUCAGCAGGGAGAUGGUAGUUGGCAGCAAAGCAAGACAGACCCCAGCGGGAGCAGCAGCAGCGGUGCGAGCUCAAAGGAGAGCUCCCGCUGUUCCACACCUGUGCUGGAUGCAGACCGUUCAGACAGGCUUCGGGAAAAGAUGCGACGGAGGAUGGAGGCGGGAGACCGCUGGUUCUCGCUGGAGUUCUUUCCUCCCCGUACGGCCAGUGGAGCUGUCAACCUCAUCUCAAGAUUUGACCGAAUGGGUGCCGGUGGCCCUCUGUUCAUCGACGUCACCUGGCACCCAGCGGGGGAUCCAGGCUCGGACAAGGAAACCUCCUCCAUGAUGAUUGCGAGCACUGCAGUCAACUACUGUGGCCUAGAAAGCAUCCUCCACCUGACCUGCUGCAACCAGAGCAAAGAGAAUAUUACUGGAUACCUGGCUAAAGCAAAGCACUUGGGCCUCAAAAACAUUAUGGCACUUAGAGGAGACCCCAUGGGAGCAGACUGGGAGGAAGAGGAGGAAGGCUUCAACUAUGCCGUCGACCUUGUUAAACAUAUCCGGUCAGAGUUUGACGACUACUUUGACAUUUGUGUUGCUGGCUACCCAACAGGUCAUCCCGAGGCAGAGAGCUAUGAGAAGGAUCUCAUGCACCUGAAGGAGAAGGUGGAUGCUGGAGCCGACUUUGUGAUCACCCAGCUGUUUUUCAGACCAGACACAUUUCUCAAGUUUCUGGAUGACUGCAGAGCUAUUGGAAUCACGUGUCCCAUCCUACCAGGAAUCUUCCCCAUUCAGGGUUACCAGUCGCUCCGCCAGCUUGUCAAGCUGUCAAAACUCGAGGUGCCGGAGGAGAUCACUAAAGUCAUCGAGCCCAUCAAAGACAACGAUGCAGCUAUCCGUAACUACGGAGUCCAUCAGGCUGUGGAGAUGUGCCGUGUGCUGCUGGACAGUGGCAAGGUCCCAGGCCUCCACUUCUACACACUGAAUCGAGAGGUUGCCACCAUGGAGGUCCUUCGACAGCUGGGCUUGUGGAUAGAAGACCCCAGGCGUCCUCUUCCUUGGGCUGUGAGUGCAAAUCCCAAACGGAGAGUAGAAGAUGUUCGACCCAUUUUCUGGGCCUCAAGGCCCAAGAGUUACAUCUACAGAACCCAGGACUGGGAUGAGUUCCCCAACGGCAGAUGGGGAAACUCCUCAUCUCCAGCUUUUGGGGAAUUAAACGACUACUACCUCUUCUACCUGAAGAGCAAGUCAUCUAAAGAUGCGCUGGUGCAGAUGUGGGGUGAGGAGCUGAUGAAUGAAGAGAGUGUCUUUGAGGUCUUCACCCGCUACCUCACAGGACAACCAAACAGUAGUGGACAUAAGGUGAUGUGUUUGCCCUGGAACGAUGAGCAUCUGGCUCCAGAGACCAACCUGCUGCAGGACCAGCUGGUGAAGGUCAACAGACGAGGAGUCCUCACGAUCAACUCCCAACCCAACAUCAACGGCAAAUCCUCCACAGACCCUGUCGUCGGCUGGGGACCUCCAGGAGGCUACGUGUUCCAGAAGUCUUACCUGGAGUUCUUCACCUCCAGUGAAAACGUCACCGCUCUCAUCAAAGUACUGAAGAAGUACGAGCCCCGUGUCAACUACCACAUUGUUAAUGUGCAUGGACGUAACCUGACCAAUGCCCCCGAAAUGCAACCUAACGCUGUUACGUGGGGGAUCUUCCCUGGCAGAGAGAUCGUUCAACCCACUGUAGUGGAUCCAGUCAGCUUUAUGUAUUGGAAGGACGAAGCCUUCGCCUUGUGGAUCGAGCAGUGGGCGAAACUCUACGAAGACGAGUCUCCGUCACGAAUGAUUAUCAAGUACAUUCACGACAACUACUUCUUGGUCAAUCUGGUGGACAAUGAUUUCCCUCUGGACAGCUGUCUGUGGCAGGUCAUCGACGAUAUGUUCGAAGCGCUGGACGCACCUCCUGAGACGACAGAACAGUCAGAAUAAAAAGAAAAAACGUUCAUUUUUAAUCGCUUUUUAGGAAAAGUAACACUAUGCAUUAUCUAUGAAAGCUGCAGUUUACAAUAUAGAGUUAAAAUGUGUACUAUGCAGUGUUUUUUAGACUUACUACCUUUUAAAAAAAAAACAAAAAAAACAAUCUAUGUUGUCCUUCAGUUUGCAGUAUUAUCCAGAAACUAAAUGAUUUCCGUUAAAUUAAUAUAAAUUCAAUUAUAUUAAUAAUAAGAUUCUUUUGGAGCAGCUUCAAUUAGGGGGAGAUUUUUUUUCCCUGCUUUCUUUAAUAUUGUGAGAUUGAAUGGGGUUUUUUAUUGCGUGUGUUUGUGUUUUUUCAUUUUUUCUUGAGAAAUAAUGCAGAGAUCUUAAUGUGUGUGUGUGUGUGUGUGUGUGUGUCAACAUCAUCAAAUAGGCAAAAUCUUGUGCUGAUCCAGAUAACGAACCAGAUUUUAGUCUAAACAAAAGGUGCGCAUAAUUGCAUAUUGUGAAGGUGUUUGACUGUGUGUGUCACUAAAACACAGUAGAUAUGCUAUUUUCAUAUAUACAUAUAUAUAUAUAUAUAUAUAUAUACAUGAUUUUUAUAUACUUAUGAAGACGCUACGUAAAGACAGUGUAGUGAAAAGUUGACACGGGUCAAAACACUUUUUGGGCGAACUGUAUUUUCAUGGCUGCUAAAGUUUUUACAGAAACAGCAUUUUUGUGGACUGUUGAAGUUGACUGACGAAGUGUGUGUCAGCUUGUGUGUGUGUGACCUCAUUUACUGUGUGUUUCAACAAGUGUUUGUACUUUCUGCUCUUGUAGCUCCCACAUCUUUGACUCAAAUAUUGCUUUGUAGAUGCCCUUUCACACAGUAUUUGUUUUAUAUUUGUGUUUUCUGUGAUAAACACUCGUGAGUCAACAACACUCAGGUAAAUCAGAUAAGCAGGUUAAACCCACUUUUGUUUUACUGUUCCAGAGCACUAAAUAUAAAUAAAUAUCCACUAAAUAUAAAUAUAUCUAUACGUGUCCAAACCAAGAGGGUAUGUGUAUGAGCUUGUGUUGAGUCCAGAAGAGUCAAACACGGAGUCACUGGUCACGGUUUUUUCGUUGUGUCUUACCAAACAUGCUUUGACUGUUUGUUUUCUGCUUUUCAUUAAAUAUUUUUCCAGGUUUUUUUACAAUGAAUAACCUGGUGAGUGUGAGUUUAUUUGUCAUGCAGAGGCACACACAGCACAUUCAUCUUUUAGUGAAUGUGUAUUGUUGUACAGUGACUGAGACUCGAAGACGAAUGUAUAAAUCAUCACCUUGCAGGUAAAAUGUUGUGAGUGACACACAAUCACAUUAUUAAAAAUAUGGCAGCUUUUAUGUCAGUCUGGUGCCAAAGAAUUAA